AGUUGUGGCCCACUGCUGGUGUAACACUGUAGUAACAAUAAUGGCUGCCCCUAGCAGUAAGCAAGUUCUCCGGCGCCUCUGUCAAUUUGGCGCCUUUAUUUUGACACGAUUUGGUUUCUGGAACUGCUUUACAAUGCUGAUGCUCUUUGCGGAGCGCGCGGAUGUAAAAAGGAAACCUGACAUCCAGGUUCCCUACUUGUACUUUGACAUGGGGGCAUCAGUUCUUUGUGCCAGCUUCAUGUCCUUUGGGGUGAAGAGGAGGUGGUUUGCACUGGGGGCCGCCAUACAGUUAGCUAUCAGCACCUACGCUUCUUAUAUUGGUGAACAAGUGCACUAUAGUGACUGGCUGAAGGUAAGGAUGUACUCCAGAACCCUGGCUAUCAUCGGGGGUUUCCUGGUCCUAGCCAGUGGUGCGGGGGAGGUAUACAGACAGAAACAUCGCACCAGAUCGCUGCAGUCCACCGGACAGGUCUUCAUAGGGGUCUACCUCAUCUGUAUGGUGUACUCCCUCCAGCACAGUAAAGAGGACAGGAUGGCCUACCUGAAUCACAUCCCUGGUGGGGAGAUCACCCUAAUGCUACUGGUGGUGCUGUUUGGAGUGCUGGCCCUGGCCUUCCUCUCUGGCUGUUAUAUCCGCCUAGCUUCACAGAUCCUGGCCGUGGUCCUGCCCCUCAUCCUGCUAUUCAUCGACGGUAACCUGGGCUACUGGCACAACACGCGCCAUGUGGAGUUCUGGAACCAGUUGAAGCUGAUGGGGCAUAACGUGGGUAUUUUCGGGGCUGUGCUGAUUCUGGCUACAGACGGUUGAAUGGAAUGGACACCUUGGCAGACUAUCAGAAGAGAGGCCACUACUUAACAUGUGACUGAAGCUACAUUUAGUGUUUCAAAUGGCACCCCAUUCCCUAUAUAUUGCACUACUUUUGACCAAAGCUUUGGCCAAAGUAGUGCAUUAUAUUGGGAAUAGGGUGCCACCUGGUCAGAAGUAGUGCACUAUAUUGGGAAUAAGGUGCCAUGUGAGACUUAUACAGUCUUUUUGGAUCCUCAGAUGAACUGAUCCUCACUUACAGCAGGAGAUAAAUGGUGAUUGGACGCUAAUCCCUGCCUGACAGACAGCCAUGUGGGUAGACCUUAUCGUUAACUACCUGUCCAACUUUGUUUCUGCAAAAAAUUGUUUUUUUU